AUGAGCGAGGAAAAUGGGAGUGAGGUAUUUGGCAAGAUCAAGACGCAUUUUCCACCUGCCAAGAUCAAGAAAAUCAUGCAAACUGACGAGGAUAUAGGAAAAGUAUCGCAAGCAACGCCGGUCAUCACGGGCCGGUCUUUGGAGUUUUUCAUCGCUAUGCUGGUGAAUCGCAGCGGCCAUGUAGCUAAGGACAUGGGCUGUAGGCGCAUCAGUGGAGACGUGAUGAAAAAGACCAUUAUGUCGGAUGAGAAAUUCGAUUUUCUGCGAGAACUGGUAUGCGGGGAACACGCUAAGCCGGAGCCAGAGGAAGAGGACGAGGAGGAAUGA